CAGGAGGCACCUCCGCAGGCAGGUGGCGGCCUGGCGCCCCUCGCUCACCCCCGCCCUGGCGAGCCGGCUGUCGCUGGGCCUGUUCGAGAACCAGUUCAGCAAGCCCGGGCCCAUGCGGGAGUCGCACAGGAGGCGCGGGAUCCUGUGGAUCUGGUCCGUUUUCUCGGCGCCGACGUUUCUCGUGCUGGUCGGCAACCACCCCGACGUGCAGGAGUGGUUCAUCAGGGAGUACAAGCCGAUCGAGUACCCUGCGCAGUCCGACCCCAGCAUCAUCUACAACAUCGUCCACGACAGGCCUCCCACCGGGGCCUCCUCGAUGGACAGCUACCGGCAGCAGCAGCGCCAGCUGCGGCCCGAGUGA